ACCGGUGAGCAGAGACGACGGAGAGCGACAUUGAGGAGGAUUGCAUAUCUUCUUGCACGAUAUCUGCUCGAGGGCGAUUGAUUUCUACAUGUCAGACGACCCUAGGACCGAUGCGGUUAUUGGUCCCCCAAGAGGGGAGGGUCCGGUCCCAUAUCUCGGAGAUGGCUACAGUCAUUUGGUUGGGACGGACUUUGCUAUGCAGGCUUUUCGGAAGCCUCUUUACGGAGAUCGUUUUCUCGAGGUUUCUUACAUCUAUACUGGUGGGAGAGGACGGAUUGAGAUACUGAUUGGAGCUACAGGCGACAUCACUCUUGCGGAGGAGCUUUAUCUCAGGAGCGUCGCAGACGAGGAGAUGGCGAGAUGCAUGGCCUAUAUGUGCAAGUUUGAUCCAGCAGCGCCUCUCGAUAUCAGCUAUGUGGUUCCAGAGUCUAUAGCCAUACGGGUUCUCAAUGACGAGGUGCCAGAUAUGGAGUCCCAGACAGCAGCACUUACUCACGAGGGGGUCCUCGAUUGCGAGGUGGUUUGGGUUCAGAACGACUCUAGUUUGUUGGCGAAGCUAGGGAAGCUCGACAUGCAGGAAAUGGUGCAGUUGGUGAAGUGUGACCGUGUGCUGGUGCGGUUGUGGAAUUACUACCGAUUCAAGCACGAGAAGAGGCCGGAUUUGGAUUGGAUCCCAACGUACCCUUUCCUAAAAAAAAAGUCGGCAAUCUUCAAAGAGUUCGACAACCGUGGAUUGGAUGUCGAUUUGUGGGAUGGUAGCAGGAAACACGUUUCUGACUCCACACUGUUCAAGGAUUGUCCGCCGUACAUGGCCUGCGAUGACGACCAAACAAUUGAGGCCAUGGAAAAGCUGGUCGGCCACAAGAAGUUGUCCCUCGACUGGAAGAACAAGGUUUUUUCCGUGUUGACUAGCAGUAGACAAAAGAGUAGGGAGAUCGCACUUGCCGAAGGCAUUGUGCACAUAUUGUGGAAAGGCAAGGGGAACAUGACAUCCAUCGCACUGUUUGACAACGAUCCUUUGGAGGCGGAGGUGAGGAGCAAGGAGCUGCAGGCGGUGGUGGCUAGCACAAAGAGCCACAUGUUCGUCCUCAAUCUCUGAGAGCCGGUUGACCUGAAGUUGUAGAAACCACAAGCGUUCGAGACUUUGAAUUCCCUGCU